AUGGGAGGAGCAACUAGGCCUCGCCGCUCUACGCGGCAGGAAGAGAGGGAGAAGGAGAAGGAGAAGGAGAAGCAACCAACUCCUCUCCCUGAAGCUCUAAGCAACGACGAAGAAGACGAGGAAGAGGACCCUGCUGAGCAAUCGGACGUCUCCGAGGAACCAGUGGUAGAACAACCCACAAGACGUCGAGGCAGACCUCCGAGGAAAGCUACAGCCAUCGAGCCUCCUCCCAUCGACGACUUCGACGAGGCAGAUACUCCAGGCCCAGGUUCCCCCACUGCAUCAGACUCGCCGUCAAACAUGCCACAAAAACGACGAGGAAGAGGCAGACCCUCGAGCUCCGGCCUUGGUGGCAGGAGCCGAGGUGCCCGUGGUGGGCCAUCUCACACAACAAGCGUUCCCAGCGACAAAUUUGGGAACGAACAGCAGGUCAAAAACAACGAAAUUGACCUUCCUGAGGACCCUGCCGGGGAACUCAAGGUCGAUAAGGAUGGAAACCUUCUCGGCGGCCGCCAAUACCGUUGCCGCACCUUCACAAUGAUGGACCGUGGAGAUCAACUCUACAUGUUGUCCACCGAGCCCGCCCGUUGCUCCGGGUUCCGAGAUUCCUACCUGUUCUUCCAGAGACAUAAGCAGCUUUACAAAAUCAUUUGUAACGACGAAGAGAAGUUUGAUCUCAUCAGGAGGAAUAUUAUUCCUCAUUCGUAUAAAGGUCGAGCUAUCGGCGUCUGCACAGCCCGCUCCGUCUUCCGCGAGUUCGGGGCUCGUAUGAUUGUUGGGGGCAGGAGGGUCACGGAUGACUACUACGAAAACGCCGCGAGAUUACGUGGAGACAAGGAAGGUGAAAUCGCUGAUCCAGAUGACCGACUACCUCCACCAGGCGUCCCAUACAACCAGAACCAAUAUGUCGCCUGGCAUGGAGCUAGCUCUGUUUAUCAUCAAACCGCUCCUGCUGUGAUUGAAACCAAGACCUCAAGCGCCGGAGGCCUCCUCACAGUGAACAACAAGAAGAAGAAGCUCACUGAACACAAUUGGAUGACUGAGGUCGCCCAGAAUACAGCUGACUACAACAAGCUUCUCACAGAGCAUCGUAUUGCUCGUACUCACCCUUCCAUUUACGAACCACAUACUAACCAAAAUCACCUCCCGAGCAUCUUUCAACCCACCGCUGCUAAAUUUGAGAAGGCUUCAGACUCCAUGAUGCCACCCGAUCAAUUUUACAGCCCAUCUGUUCCUCCUGAAAAGCGGAAGUACCCUCGUGGUGCGUCCGCCACUAGUGAACUCUUCACGGUUGCUCCCCCCGUCUCCAUGCCUCUCUCAACCCGUGACUACGCGCAGGGCAGGGGGAUCAUGUUCAUCGACCCGUCUAUCUACGCGGAUCAACCCCCUGAGAUCAAGAAUGCUAUUCUUGCGCAAGUCGAGGCCGAAAAAGCACAUCUCGCUCAAUUAGGGAUCACGCCGCUCCUUUCCAACUAG